UUAACGAGAGAUGUUGCUUUCGACAACUUGCUUCCUACAACUGGCUAUGUAAACUACAUGGAAACAAAACAAUGUGAUAGCAUAAUACAGUGUGCUGCAGUGUGCGUGUUUUGUGCAGGAUUGUUGUACAACCAGAACACAAGAACAUGUCAUCUUCUAAAAGCGCGUCUCUAUGAAACUUCCUUUGACAGGAAUCGUACAGAUAUCGGAUGGGGACUUUUCAUUCAUAAUAAUGUGUGCGAAUUGGGAUGGCAUCUCUACAAUGACCACUGUUAUAUAUACAUUGAGAUGAAUGCCACAUGGGUGCAGGGCAAGGAUCACUGUGACAGUGUCGGGGCUUAUCUAAGUAGAAUAGAAAGUAAAGAGGAGAGCGAGUGGGUUUCAAACACAUUGUUACCGACAAUGUAUCAAGACAUCUGUGACACCGACUUUUGGCGCUGCUGCAAGACAUGGAUUGGUGCCAAUGACCAGGAUAUAGAGGGCGUGUUCCAAUGGACAAACAAAGAAAAUGUGACGUACGUAAAUUGGCCGUCUGGAGAACCCAGCAGCCAGACCAGUGCCGAGGACUGUGUCAGAAUAUGUGACAGAGGUGUGUGGAAUGAUGUUGAUUGUAAUCUAAUUAGCAACAUUAUUUGUGAAAAAAGAUCUUUAAGUUAACAUUUAAAUUUUCAAAGCAAGCAACAACAAAGGCAUGAUUUGGUUUCAAUUGUUACAUGUAUUUUUUAAAUAGCGAUAACGUUAAUGCACAUUAUAGAUGUAAUACAUAUAUUUAUAUUUCCAAAUAUGUUUUCUUAUAUAAACCUCUAGAGAAGCAAAAACGUUUUAAUAUAUGUAAGACGUUUAAUGAGGUCAAACUAAUUACCACUUGGCAUAACGUUUCAAGGUUGCUCUACUCAAAAUAAACAAUAAAUAAGCAAUGUUAAAAGUUGACCGGGUUUUGAAUU